GGCGUACCAUGAUAACGUUGAUACCACGCUUGCCCCACUCAAUUCAGGAGAUAGAGCCGCCACUGAUAAGGGCUCCAUGAGUCUUUUCCAGAAUUAAAACUCGCGAGAUAUCAAGAGAAUCAAGCCUUAGUCAUCUUCGGCAUAUUUCUUUGCUUUCAGACCAGAGCCGACAAUAUGACCGCCGCAUCUUCAAAGCUAGCCAUUCUCCAGCCAAAAGGGUUUCCUCAAGGAACUCCCGAAUUUGAGCAGAGACGCGGCGCCAUCCUCGAAGCCUUCGCAAAAAAGGUCCCUCCCGAGCUCCGACUGCCGGUAGACCUAAUCGCCAGCCCACCGCUCGAUGUGUCCAACAUUCCAAGUACCUGCGGCAUCCUUACGCCAAGAGAGGUAGAUAUCACCGAGAACUACGAUGCCUCUGGUCUCGCAGAAGCAGUUGCUGGGCGCCAAUUGACUGCCACCGAAGUAGCCAUCUCAUUUUCCAAGCGCUCUAUUAUCGCACACCAGUUGACAUGUUGCCUCACGCAAUGGUUUAUGGACGAUGCUAUCGAGCAAGCGAAAGAGCUAGAUGAUUAUCUUGAGAAGAACGGGACAACAGUGGGACCGCUUCACGGUGUACCCAUUAGUAUUAAAGAACAUAUUCCUCUCGCAGGAACCUAUUCGUCUCAGGGCUCGUUUGCAAGUAUAGUCCUUAACGAGAAAGAUUGCUACAUGGUGUCUAUAUUGAGAAGCAUGGGCGCGGUAUUCUACUGCAAGACUAACCAGCCUCAAACAAUCAUGCAUCUAGAGUCUACAUCACACUAUGGUCGCACUUUAAAUCCAUUUAACAUCCACCUUUCGGCAGGCGGCUCUUCAGGCGGCGAAGGUGCACUAGUCGCUAUGAAAGGCUCGGUGCUUGGAAUCGGAACCGACAUUGGUGGUAGUAUUCGCUGUCCGAGUGCGUUCUGUGGAAUCUAUGGAUUCAAGCCCACAUCUUACGUACUUCCAAUGAAAGACUACCUUGCUCAUUCCUUCUCAGCGGAGCUCAAUGUUCUGUGUUCGACGGGGCCGAUGUGUCGAAGCUUGAGGGAUAUGGAUCUUCUCAUGAGGUCGGUUUUGGCGGUAAAACCACAUCUCCUGGACCAAAAGCUUAUACCUAUUCCAUGGACAGGCUUAAAGACAUCAAAUACGAAGCCCUUGAAGAUAGGAAUCAUCGAAAAUGACGGGUUCAUCGACCCUCAACCGCCAGUCAAACGUGCCAUUGCAUGGGCUCGCGAACGGCUUUCGGACCCCAAGUACUCCGAUACUUUCCAAGUCAAGACAUUUAAACCCUACAACGCAGAGGAAGCUUGGUCCAUGAUCUGCCGCAUGUAUUGGCUCGACGGUGGUCAACUCGCCAAAGACGACAUCGUCUCUACUGGUGAACCCAUCCUCUCUUUGAGCGAUUGGAUAUGGAAAGAAGCCAAACCGCACGGCAUGCUGAACGCCGAAGAUGUAAACCAAUUGCGUGCUACUCGCGAUGAAUUCCGGUAUAAGUUCGUAGACAGUUGGAACGAGCAAGAUGUCGACAUUGUGAUUGGGCCUGCAUUCGUUGGCCCGGCUUGUGCGCAUGAUACGGCAUUGUACUGGACGUAUACUUCGCUGUAUAAUCUGGUCGAUUACCCUGGAGUUGUCGCUCCGACGCCGAUAAGGACCGAGGCGAAGGAGCAGUAUGCGACGGACUACAGGCCGCUGAGUGAGGCGUGUAAGCAUGUCAAGGAAUUGUGGGAGGCUUCGAACUUUGAGGGAGCGCCGAUUGAUUUGCAGAUCAACGCGAGGAAAUAUCACGACAAUGAGCUUUUUGGGGCUUUGGCUGUGUUGAAGGAUGUCCUAGAGUUACCCUGAAGCGUUUAUAGCAUAUACAAUUCUCUCUGAAGCCUUAUGUGGCAUCGUUUUAUCACGUACUGGUCAUCUAGGGACAUAUUUUUGAAGACAAUAUCUUUCAUCAAGCCGUUUUCUGUGCCCCUGACUCCGUUUUCUUCCCUUCAUAAGCGAGAAUGAUUUAUCUACAUAGCAAAAAAUGCUAGUCCGCCAACCAAUCCUGCGAGACCAUGUGAGAAAUCUACCUGUCCAGCUCCACCCAAGAAAGGCGCUAACGUAUUCCGUGCGUUUCCUCCAGUGCCAGUCGCAGUACCAGUCCCAGAACGAACCGCACUGCGAAUCGCAGUGCCAGAUGCAGUCGCAGUUGCAUUAGCACGACCAUCAACUCUGAAGAAGUUGGCUGCAACUGGAGCGCUCACAGCCUUAU